AUGUUCUUUCCAUUUUUCGUCUCUCUACUCUUGAGUGUCAAAUGCGAUGCUAUUCCGCUGCUUGCCGCUCGAAAGCCCGAUAAUCUAACCGCCGAGGCCGAUCCAUCCUGGGUGUCGUCGCCCAACGUGCGAGGAACCUUCGACCUUCUACUUGCUUCUCUUACAACAUUGUCGCUCUGCGCGUGGACAGCAUAUCAUCCGAACGUCCAAUCGACGAACUCGUUAGUCCGGAACUUCUUCCACCGGCUGUGGUGGAUGCUGGUUGUCAUAUUCGCGCCUGAAGUUGUGUUGUUCAACGCAUGGGAACAGUGGUGGACUGCUCGACGCUUGCAGCGCGAAGUCUGUCAACCAGACCAGCCGGCUUCGACGGACACGAACGUCGCCGCGGGCUCACAACACCCCGUUUCGGACACUCAUACUCAGGAUCAAGUGGAAUGCUUUGUUUGCGCAGGCACCGAUCCAUCCCCUGAGGAAGACCCGGAGCAUAAUCGAACUUCCAUCCAGCAGCCUGCAGAGGCGCCUUUUAGCCUUAAUGACUCGGCUCGGAGAAGCACGAACUCAUCUCCAAGGAGAGACUCGACACGUGCGAGCCUUGAUAAUGCCCUGGUGAACUCCACAGCAUCAGGCAAUGUUCCGCCUGUGCCUACUAAGAGCAACAGCUACAACAACCACAGCCCAUGGACCAUCGAGCAAGCAUUCUUUGCGGUCAGCGGAGGCUUCGCUAUCGACUCAAGCUCCUUCGGCACUCAACCCCAACUUACCUUUACGCCCCUCGGCAUCACGACGCUCGCCAAACAAGGACUCUUGCCGAAGACCUCGGGCGCCAUGGUUUCGGAUAAAAGCAAGGCGGAUGUCAUCGCCAAAGUGCUUAUAUGUAUCCAAGCCGGUUGGUUCCUUAUCCAAAGCCUUGCUCGGGUAGCACGCAACCUACCGCUUACACUUCUUGAGCUGCAUGUACUGACGCAUGUCGCCUGCGCCUUCUGCAUGUACCUGUUCUGGAUCAACAAGCCGUACGAUGUUGGUUGUCCCAUAAUCUGCGAGGACGACGCGGUAGUUGAUAUGGUCGCUCUGUUCGCGCUUCAGACUCGUGCGGCCGAGAGCAAAGGCGAGUGGAAGUGUGCCCAACGUCACUCAUUCGAGCUUUCCGAGAUCGAAGGAGCUCACAUACAUACGGAACGGCCACCAAGGAAUACGCGGUAUGCACGGAAGGCGGCUAAAUUUAUCAUUGAUCCGAUGGACAGGCCGAAUAUCAAAAUCUCCUGGAUCGUCAAUCUGCUUGAAAUGCCGGAAAUCCCAACACAUCUGUCAAUCCUCCCGGAUAGGAACAACGAGGAUACAUGUACACCUGCUGUGCGCGAGCAAUGGCUCCGGGCCAACCGUGCUCUUGAAAGUAUAAGAAGCACUGGCGGGCAUUUCCGUUGGUACAGUGUAAAAAAGCCUUACUACGUCGGAAAUUCCGAGGAGAAACAUUACCAAAGGGCAGUAGGUGUUAAGUUCGAGGACGGGAAGACGUUCGUGGUACCCUCACGAAGCAAUCUCCGUAUCGAAGGCGCGAAGUACGCGUUUGGCCCAAAAGACGUGAGGGACAGACUGUACAGCCUUCAGACGAAGACCUUCACAGUCCUCACCGCCCUCUAUGGUGGCGCUCAUCUGUUCGCCUGGCGUGCGCACUUUCCCAGCACUGCAGAGAUGUGGAUGUGGCGAAGUUCCGGCAUCGUCAUGGCUGGGGCACCACUUACAUGGGCUCUCUUCAUCAUAUUGGGUGACGUGAGCAACUGGAUGGAUCCUCCAGGUCUUUACACGCGGAAACUAACGAGCUUUGAGCUUUGUCGAUACGCGGUUUCGCUUGUCGUGGGUUUUGUCGCGGCACUAUGGGGCGUUCUUGGUUGCUGCCUUAUGGGGCUUUACCCCGUAGCGCGUGUCUACGUCCUCGUUGAGGCUUUUGUUAGCCUGAGAAGCCCGCCUCUCGGUACUUACACCACCGUACAGUGGACUGACUUCAUCCCGCAUGUUGGCUAG